AUGAGCCAGUACCUCAUGCUCAGCCAGAAGUCUCAGAUCACUCAGGACAGGUCAUCGACCCAGGCCAAGGUAGAGAUUAAAGUGAUCAAGGACCUGCCGUGGCCCCCUCCUGUCGGCCAGCUCAACCACAGUCCUCCCCUGGCCCUGCUGGAGGGGGUGGAGUCACCCCCCGCUCUGCCCCCCCAGCCAGCCCAGCACUCCCCUGGACACACUGGCUGUGACCAGCACCACCAUGUCCAGUUUGAAGGGGCGGAGAAGUCCAGAAUGUCGCCCACCAAGGAGGGUAAAGGAGGGCGUCCGCCCCGCGUCCACUCCAGUUGCUGUCUGGUCAACACCAAGAUGAGCUCUCUGGACCACUGCAGUGCUACUCUGGGGGAACGCAUUGACCCCUCCAUGCCCCUGGAGAGCCAGUUCUGGUACCAUGGAUCGAUCAGCAGGACGGAUGCAGAGUCUCUGCUGAGGCUGUGUAAGGAGGCCAGCUACCUGGUGAGGAACAGUGAGACCAGCAAGAACGACUUCUCCCUCUCACUCAAGAGCAGCCAGGGCUUCAUGCACAUGAAGCUGUCGAGGACGAAGGAGAACAAGUACAUCCUGGGUCAAAACAGCUGUCCCUUCGUCAGUGUCCCCGAGAUCAUCCACUUCUACUCCAGCCGCAAGCUGCCCAUCAAGGGGGCCGAGCACAUGUCCCUGCUCUACCCCGUGGCCAUCAGAACACUAUAGUGACACUUCCUUCCCCAAAGGUCACUCGGGUCAGAUGCCCUCUCCUGCCACCUCCCCUGGGAAACCCUGUCGCUCUGCCUAUCUGCUUCUGUCUGAUUGGUCUGAAGGACAGAGUUCAAGUUGGCGGAGGAUGCAGGGAUGAUGAUGAUGAUGAUGAUGAUGAUGAUGAUAACACAGCUCACCUGUCAUCACCCACCUGAUCCCAGUCCUGCUUUUAACUUUUUGUUUGUAUUUGCUAUAACAUUAUCAUCGCAUCAUUGACUGACACUUUAUCUGCUGACAAGCAUUGUUUCACUGAUCCCACAGCUGCUUCCUCAACAGUACCACUCUGUACCCAUCUCCUCCACACAAGACCUGUUCAUAUUGGUAUUGGAUUUGGCUCCAAGUUCUGCUGAAAGUGUCAUGUUUGUUUAGUGAGGGGAACCUAAAGAUUGUAAUGGCCUUAUAAAGGAAGCGGGGAAGGCAAAUUAAUGUAUUGGAGUUGGGUUAUAUUGUAUGGGCACUCUACAGUGGCUGGCAAACUCAAUAAACCUGCCCUGUGUGAAUACUUUCCCCAUCAGUGCAACAACAGUUUAGUGUUUAAGUGCUGUACGGUCUACAAACUGAUGUCUCUGUCUAUUCCCGGGACUGUAAUUUCUGAUAUCCAUCACCACGGGUGUCCCAUUGGUAGGACAGCGUAAGUACAGCUCUGGUUUGACAGUCAGCAGACUGAUAGAUGGAUCACUAUGUUACAAAGCAGUAGCACCAUUGGCUAAAUGAGCCAGAGUUGGGCGCCUAGUCUAAAAAUGGGCCAAAUUACCUUCCCCAUCGUAGAAUAUCUUUGGAUGGGGAGAAUGGAAUAUGCCUGCAUUGUCUACCUCAGAAAAUCUAUUUCAUUCGUCUAUCUGCAGAUCAAUAGGUACAAUGGGAUUGCAGAUAUUGAUCCAAUCCCCACCAUGCGACUCCGAUUCCCAACAAAUUGCAUCUACGGUUUAAGAAUAGGUUUUUGCAUAAACCAGUCAAUCAGAUAAUGUUUUUGGUUCUUUUUUAAAAACUACAUUUUACAGAUCAGCAUUUGUAUGUAUAGUCACUAUGAAAUUGUGUGAUGUCAGUAACAAAUGUUUGGUUAAUGCCUUAUAAUGCAUGGGUUAAAUCAGUCGGAUUAGAUCCGCUGAUUUCUAGAGUUCUGCUUCUUUCAACGAUUGUUCUGUGACUGUAAUUUAUUCUGGGGUAAUUCUUCUUAUUACAGAUGUGUUACUCCUCUCUGUGAAGGCCUGCCUUGUGGCAUCCGGCCCUCACUAUUCUGUGCCAUGUGAUCGUGUUUGGGCAGAGUUUGAAUACCCCGGGCCUGGCCUCAUAUACUGUGGUGCUUUGCUUUGUGUUUUAGUCAGUUCUGCUUCCAUGUGUCCAACUGCCUCUGUGGCCUGACUCUGACUCUGAGACACUGAUGAUGAGUAAUGGUGUCUCGUGACCAAUGGGAUUGUCAAGCCUCACAUAAAGACUGUCUGUAGAAUCCCCAUGGACCAAUCGGAGGACUCAAUUUUCCUGGAUGAACUCUGACCUCCAGUCUGUCAUAACCCCUCUGUUGGAAUUAUUUAAUACACACAUCUCAAAAUUG